UUCUUAGGCACAAACGGUGCGACCGGUGCCUAUCCCGAGUCUGUGCAGCUGGCGUGCCAGGGCGCUACGUGUGGGGGAGGCCGGAGACUGAGCCGACCGGUGCUGGCGUCGGUUAAUUUUCCGGAAGGCUAUUUCAAAUUACUAAAGAGAGUGAUUGGAGGCAUUGUUUAUUAUGGCUUACCCGAAAACACCCUCCACGUCGUUCGAGGGCAAAAAGUUAGUCUCUGCAUCCAAGGAAGAGACAGGACUUCCUGAGCUAAAGGAGAAAAAAAAUAUGGUGGAUUGUUCAAAGCCCCUUCCUACGUCCCUUCAGAAUGAGUUCAUCCCGGAAGAAGUUCUCCUUUCUCUGACCUACACAGCCAGCGCCGGUCCUUGUCCUGAAAACUUACUGCCUCCGAAGAAACUUAAGACCCCAAAGGGCACCCUUCCACGUCCGGUUGAUCACGUCUGGCAUCACCCCAUUCGAAGGAAUAAAUUCAAAUAUCUGAUUGACCACCCCGUUUCACUAACGGGCGCUGGAAGGGAUAUUUCUUUUCUGUAUGACAUGAAAUACGUCCAGGGAGAGGCCAGGGAGAGCACACUCUGCCCGCCGGGUGCGGGCCGUUCCUUGCAGUCCCAUGAUGGCGCCAUCGUGCCCCAUAAGCCAAAGAAACUAACAGAUACUUUGAUUCCUGAAGAAUUUCAUAUCGUGUCAAACACAGGAGUCUCAGGUUUGGAGUGUUACGAUGACAAAUACACUACCCUCCUCAAAGACAGUGAAAACAGGCUAUUGCUGUUCCCGUCCAUGAAACCUAAUAAAAGAGUGGAGGUGACCCGGCUGAGCGAUGUGAUGGACACCAUGCUAGAGAGGGCUGGCCUGGAAAAUCAGGACUACACAGGGCCAACCAAGAUGCACAAACUGCUACACAUCCUGAGGCAGGAGCAGAACAUUUACAACACGGUGUUUCACGAGCUCAUUCGACAAGUCAGCGUGGACUGCGCGGACCGAGGGGAGCUGCUGUCCAAAAUCCGAGAGCGGUACGUACAGUUGCUUGACCAAAUUGCCCGGCAGAUGAUCGACUUCUACAAAGACCUGGUGACUCAGCGAAUGAUGGACCAGCGCAUUUUACAAGAACUGUACAAUUUUAAGAAUGUUAUCGAAGAACUGACCAGGGAGCUGUGUUUGGUCCGGGCACAUGAUAUAAAAUUAACAAAGGAAGCAGAGAAAGUCCACAAGGAUUUGACACAAGCUCUUUUAGAUGCUGAGAAAAAUGCCAAGAUUGUGGAAGAGUACCAUGACUUGUACACGCUGCAGAGAGGGAGGAUGGAGAGCGACAUUAAGCAGCUGAUGGCCGAAAGAGACGUCUGGAGCUCGGCCACGUACGAACUGGCGCUGAAGGUAAUUGAAAGAAAUAAAGUCAUAUUGGCUAAAAGACUUUACCUCAACGAAAAAGGCUGGAGUAAAUAUGCUAAGCAUUUCAUCAUCAUGCUGUCGAGCAAGGAUACUUCAGACCUUGCACUGUUGCAGAAGUUGACAGAGAACUGGAAAAUCUUAGUGAGUAAAUUUAGACAGGAAGUAGAAGAAAGCGAAGAGGCUACAAGGGAGCAAAUUCGAAUUAUUAAGGAUGGCCUUAUCAAAUGUCAGCAGUUCUUCAAAAAUAAUAAGAAAAAACACAUUUCAUCCCCUAAAAAAGAAAAUAUAGACCUACUUAUUCCAGACUUCCAGCAGUGGCUAAAGAUACUGAGUGACGACAGAGACAAGUAUACUGGGGAUAUACUAGUGUCCAAAUAUGAUUCUCUCAAGAUCAUUAAAUACUUACAGGAAAACUGGACAGAUAUCGGGCUUGCGAUAUUUCGUCGCCACAUAAGUAUGGAGGGAGAGAUGCCGCCAGAGUAUCAAGAGAUGGAGGAAAUUGCAAAAUGCAUAGAAAGACUCUACAAAGAAUUUGAAAUAAGAAUGAAUGGGGAAAAUGGUGUCUGUAGACUUUUUGCAAGUUUGAUUAGUUCUAUGGACUUCUGUUGUUUCAAGUUGGAAAGCUUCAUUGAGUUCCCUGAAACAUUUCCUGGAGAAUGGGAAGGAUUUGACGAAAAAAUCAAUGAGAUGAAAAUCCAUUUGCAGGCAUUGUUGGACAGCAUUGGCACUGUUCCCCAGAGCUUAGACAUGGAUAGUGGCUCGGCACUUGAAGAACAUAUAUUUAACAUGAUUCAACAAUGGCAUUUGAAAAUAGGCAACGAGAUUAACAAUGGGAACAUCGAACUUCAGCGCCACGUGGAUGAAUUGCAUAUAUCUAUGAUCCAGUGGAUGGUGCGCCUGCUGGUAGUGAUGGUGCCCGACUUUCCUGACCAGGACCUUCUCCCAGGGCUGCAGGAGGCAAGAGCUAAGAAGCACGACGUAAACGUUGCAAACUUGGAGCUCGACGCAGUCGCCCUGGCAAAAAAGUUGUCCAAAUACUCCCGUUAUUUGAACAGCUGCUGCAAAGGGAUGGUAACAGCUACAGCUCUGAGUAUAGCCAGCAACGUACAAAAAUAUUCUACUAAGGAACUUCACGAUCUAAAUGCAAUGAAGAGAGAAUGUUAUGAGUGGAUCACCACGUGUUCUCAGCUCCUCGGUCAGAUGAAAGGCAAACGCAUCAAGUUACUGACCUAUGAAGAAAAGGUGCUCCUACUUGAAGAAGAGGAAAUUAUAAAAGAAUCUGAGUCUGAAACAGACAUACAUUUUGAAGAGGAUGAAAAAGAAAGUAAGAAGGAUAAGAAAGUUGAGAAAGGACCAGAAGAAGAGAAAGCAAAAAAACCGUCAACAUCCACGGAGCCGGAAAAACUCAUUCGGUUCAUUGGAGAAGAUGAAAAUAUUCACUCCAGGCCUCUGUUUGGACCAGAUUUAUUAUCUACCUGGAGAAAGUCAGCUGACCAGGGUGCAUUGGCCCCAAAGUACCUUGAAGCGAUGUCAAUAAUUGAACACACACAGGAGAAGUUAAUGGAGGCUGCCAACCGAGCCAGACGAGCAGAGCAGAAGUUCGAUGAUAUGAAUGAGAAACUUCACUACACCCUCAUAAGAAAUAAAGAACUGGAGAAAGAACUGGAGGAAGCAUUGCUGAAGUCUAAGGAGAAGGAGACUGAAGGAGGAGAAGAGGAAGAAAAUGAAGGAGAAAGAGGAGAAGGAGAAGAGGAAGAUCACAAAGAAGAAGAAGGAGACGAGGAAGAGGAAGAAGAAGAAGAAGAAGAAAUCAGGCCAGCAGAAAGUUCCUCAAAACCCCUGAAGAAAGGGGUACAGCGCAAGGAGGAGACUCUCACCAGCAAACCCAAAGCCCGGAGUAAACCCAGUAAAACCAAGCCCAAGCAGCACCCAUAGGGUGUUGGGGGUUGCCGUGGCUCCGCUACCCGAAC